UUUAACUCUAAUAUUAUGUACUCCUUUAAUGUGGUGGUACCUAACGUUGGCAAAGUUUAAUAGUUUAAACAAAGUACCGGGACCUCCCCCACUGCCCGUAAUCGGAAACAGUAAUGAAAUUGGCAAAACAACCAAGCUAAAACUAAAUUACGCAAAUCACAACCACAUACUGCACAGAUUCCUCUUUUUUACAUAGCUUUUGUUUGACACGAACUCUUAGAGUACACAUAACAUUUUGUUGAUCGUUAUUAUUAUAGUUUAUUAAAAAUAAUCUAAAUGGAAUGUUAAAAUCCGUGACCUUUGGACGUAAAAUAAACCAAAAGUUAAGAAAUAUUUUAACCAAACAGGGCGUCUAUUACUUUUUAAUAACCAAAUAGUAAUCUUUUUAUUCCCUCUUGCCUCCAAAUUUUUUAUUACCAAAUUAAAAAAAAUUAAAGUCAAUUGAGGUAAAAUGUUUAGCAUUUUAUGCAACCGAUAAUACUAGCAAGUAACACGCGUGCCUACAUUAACAGUAUGUAUAAAACUAGUUGAGCAUACUUUCAAAAAGAAGUUUGUCCAAAUUUGCAUUUUUGGAGGAGAGAACAAAAACUGUUCUUUUUUUAAGAAAUAAUUAUAAUGUUUUAUAUCAGUGACAAUUAAUGUGAAAAAAUUUGUACAAAUUGGACGCUAAUUUUACGGCUGGAGUACUUAACCAUUUUACAAAAAAAAACUUUAAAAACUCUUAUUUCAAUUCAUAAAAACAUGGACAAACUGCAUUUUGAAAGUCUGCUGCUCAGUUGAUGCAAUGGAAUAAAGUAAAGUAAUUUUUCUUUAGAUUUGUUACAAUCAUUUAUGAGUUUGCAAAGCAAAUAUGGCACAGUGAUAAAAGUUUGGUUGGGCCCUAGAUUACAUUUAUUGAUCACAAAACCAGAAAUGGUUGAAUUUUUUCUAAACUCAAACAUCCAUUUAAAUAAAUCGAAUGGUUACGAUCUUUUCAAACCAUGGCUUGGAGAUGGUUUACUAGUAAGCAUAAGGUCUAAAUGGAAAGCUCGCAGGAAAAUGAUAACUCCUACAUUCCACUUCAAAAUCCUAGAAAACUUCUUGGAAAUCUCGUUUAAUAAACAAAUAAAUAUCCUUUUAGAUGUCUUGUUAAAAGAAGCUUCACAAAGUGACAAAUCUAUAGAAAUUCACUCGAUAAUUAAUUUGUGUUCUUUAGAUAUCAUUUGUGAGACAGCUUUUGGUACGGAAUUAAAUGCACAAGCAAAAUGCAACCCCAAAUACGUAGAGGCCGUAACAGGAUUUCUUGAAAUUUUUACCUUGAGAUUUUUUUCGGCAUGGUUGCGACAUCCUCUAAUAUUCCGAUUUUCCGACAAAUACAAAAAAUAUGUGGAGUAUUUGAAAAUAUUACACGAUUUCACCAACACAAUUAUCAAAAAGAGAAAAGAAGAAUUUAAACUAUUGCAAGAUACUCCAAAAAUAAGUGAAGAGGGAAUUAAGAGGAGAGCUGCUCUUUUAGAUAUGUUAUUAGAGGUUUCAGAUAAUGGAAAAAAUUUAAGUGAUGAAGAUAUUCGAGAAGAAGUAGACACAUUUAUGUUUGAAGGACAUGACACAACCACCACUUCCAUCUGUUUUGUCUUAUACGCAAUCGCUCAGAACCCAGAUGUUCAAAAAAAAGUUUAUGACGAGUUAGUCUCAGUCCUCGGCACCGACUAUAAAAAAGAAAUUACCUUUAGUGACAUACAAGAGUUGAAAUAUUUAGAUAUCGUCAUCAAAGAAGCCCAUCGAUUAUAUCCCCCUGUGCCUUUAAUUGAAAGAAGUUUAGAAGAAGACUGCACUAUCGAUGGACUAACAAUUCCCAAAAACACAAACAUUUCCAUAUUUUUAUACGGAAUGAAUUACAAUAAAGACGUUUAUCCUGAACCACACGUCUUUGACCCUGAUCGAUUUCUACCCGAAAAGCAGGGAGAAAGACACACUUUUGCCUACGUUCCUUUUAGUGCAGGACCCCGAAAUUGUAUCGGCCAAAAGUUUGCCCUCCUUGAACUCAAAACGACGAUAGCUAAACUACUGAGAUGUUUCGACAUCUCACCAGAUCCCAAAAAUCCUCCACAAGUGGGGAUGUGUUCGGUAUUGAAGUCCAGAAACGGGAUACACAUGUUUUUGAAGAAAAGAAAUUAAUAAUAAUUAAAAUGUUUCUAGUUAAUCUUAAUAAAUCAAUAGUGAGAACUGAAUUUCUUAAUUAAAUAGUUUAUUUUACUUUCAGUUAUUAGAAGAUGGUCUUGAUAGGAAUUCUGUAUCCCAUAAGCCUGACACAUUGAUAAUAAUAAUA